AUGGUCGCGGAUAUCCGCUAUCCGCUGGCGGAUACCCACCAGAGCCAGCGGAUACCCGCCAGCGGGGAUACCCGGUGCCAAGAGAGGCAACACCGCCGGGAGAAACCCCUCCCACCGAGCUCAAUCGGGACCUAUUUCGGCACCUUAGGACACGUCUUUGACAAGACAAACACCACAGCAGCUGCCAUCUCGGCAAUUGUUGUCACUAACUUCAUCCUCAUUGGCCACAUCUUCGCCGCCCUCUCUGAACCCGACGACAAGCAGAACAACAAUAUCAUUACCGACCUGCAGAAGAAGAAGAAGAAAGACUCCUGA